GGUCCAAACUAAGUCCCCGGAACAAGUUGGAUAAUGGAUUCGGCCGUAGAUUGGAGUCGCUUUGGAAGUGGACAUCCUCUGACUUAGGAGAACCGCAGACUUUUCCCCCCACUAGCCAGUCCUCGGUCCCCUAAGACUCCACCUGGUGCCACCGCCUCUGGACCGCCAAUCUCGAUGCAAGAAUUCCACCUCCUUUCUCCUCUGGCUCCGUCGUCGUCCUCCCUCCUUCCCCCACCGCAAUUAGCGCCUGCACGUUCUCAUCCUCGGUCGCGUGCCUCCCAAUCCGGGGUUACGGACCACAAUUCCAGCGGCAACGGGCCUCCACCGGCCAAUACCAUUGGCUACGUUCUCGCAGACAAGCGCAAGUUUCGGUGCGCGAAGAAAGAAUGUCAUAACAGCACAUUUGGGCGACUGGCGGACCUGCGCCGACAUUACGAGGCUGCACAUGUGAGUGCUGCAAAUAAGCCCGAGUAUUACUGCCCCGUGAGCGGAUGCGCGAGGAGUCGGUGGUUUGGUGGCGGUGGAGGCAGGAGCUUUGGAACGAGGAAGGAUAAGUGUGAUGAGCAUGUGAGAAAUGUGCAUAAGGGGUUGCUGGCUGAUGGCGGGAGGAGAAGGGAGGGAUAUAGUGAGUAGUUGGUGGCGGCUGCGGGAGAGAUUGUGAAAAGGUUCUUGAUGGGUCAGCUCCCCUCAAAACUGCGCUGGAAAUAGCCCAUACUGGCCUUAA